CGCUCCCAGUCAAGAGCGGAGGCCCCACCCUUUGUGUUACCUACCGGCCGUCAAUCAAAAUAGAAAAAAUCUGACAGUUAUCACCAAUUUCUUCGCGUAUACAAUCAGUAUAAUUUCCCUCAUCAUGUCCGGUGGCUUGUGACUAUCAGGACCCUCCGGUUUACAACAAGCCACGCAAUGACUGCCCCAGAAGAGCCAAUGAAAGAUGCUAUGGCUGCAUUAGAGGUGAACAGCAGUCAGGGUGACUUUAUACAACAAGAAGAAAGCGGGGGCAACCAGGACUCUCAGCCGUCACCCCUCGACCUGCUAGCAACGACCUGCACUAAGGUUGGGUCACCAUCGUCAGAGGUGGACAGAGGUGCUGCCGCUGAUGUGACAUCAGAUCUGUCAACACAGCUAACUGGGACUGACAAAUGGGAGGUGUUAACCCCAACAACAACAGCAAAGGAUGAAUCUGGAAUAAUACAGAUCCAAAGUCAAGGAAUAUUUACAUCAAAUGGACAGUAUGUUCUUCCUCUUCAGAGCUUACAAAGUCAGCCAAUCUUUGUGACGUCAGGAACAGAUGAUUCCUCUGCCAAUUCAGUGCCUAACAUUCAGUACCAAGUAAUUCCUCAGAUUCAGACAGCAGAUGGACAGCUGAGCUUCUCCACGUCCGGUGUGGAAGGACCUACUCUGACUCAGGAUGCCACGGGGCAGAUUCAAAUUUUGCCCGAAGGAAGCCAGAGUCUCCACGUGACAUCAACUGCAAGCAUCCUUAACAACAACCAGAACCUCAUAUCACAGACUGGUAAUGUCCAGCAGAUCCAAGGGGUUUCUAUUGGCAGCUCCACCUUCAACAACCAGGGCCAGGUUGUUACUAAUGUGCCUGUGGGUUUGCCUGGGAACAUUACCUUUGUUCCUAUUAACAGCAUAGACUUGGACUCCCUUGGCCUGUCUGGUGCUCAGACUAUAGCAACAGGGGUCACCGCUGAUGGCCAGCUAAUUAUGGCCAGUCAGCCCGUGGAUGGCUCAGAGAGUCUGGCAAAGACAGACGGUCACCUCUCACAGACACUUGUAAAUGACUCAAAUGCAAAUCCUGAGAUAUUUGUGCCAACGUCUUCCUCUCAGCUUCACGUUCCAUCAAACGAAUCAGGUCUGCUGACACAAGACGCUUCGCUAUCGUCCGUGGCCGCGGAGCAGGCUGACUCGAGUUCUGCUCUCCAAGAAGGCUUCAUCCAACAGAACCAGGAGCAGAACGUCCAGGUGUCCUCAGCUCAGCCCAUCAUCCAGCUGCAGCAAGUUCCUGUUCAGACCACCAACGGUCAGGUGGUGCAGUCCGUGGCGACAGGUGGGCAGGGUCUGCAAAAUGUGCAACUGAUCAACCCAGGAACGUUCAUCAUCCAGGCUCAGACAGUAACGCCGUCGGGCCAGAUACAGUGGCAGACCUUUCAGGUUCAAGGAGUGCAGAACCUUCAGAACCUCCAGAUUCCCACCACGCCACCCCAGCAGAUCACUCUGGCACCAAUCCAGACUCUGUCCCUGGGGGGCAUCAGCACGGGGCAGAUACCCAACCUGCAGACAGUGACGGUCAACUCAGUGGCGCAACAGGAAGGAGACACAGACACACCUGGAGACAUUCAGAUUAAGGAAGAGCCCGACUCUGGGGACUGGCAGCUAAGCACCGACUCUACCCUGAACACGAGCGAUCUAUCCCACCUCCGGGUCAGGCUGGUGGACGAAGAGGAUCAGCUGGGCCAGGAGGGCAAGAGGCUGCGCAGAGUGGCGUGCACUUGCCCUAACUGCAAAGAGUCGGGCGGGAGAGGAUCCAGCACGGGGAAAAAGAAGCAGCACAUCUGCCACAUCACGGGCUGCGGAAAAGUGUACGGAAAGACGUCGCACCUGCGAGCACACCUGCGCUGGCAUUCAGGGGAGCGACCUUUUGUUUGCAGCUGGAUGUUCUGUGGGAAGAGGUUCACACGCAGCGACGAGCUGCAGAGACACAGGAGAACACACACAGGAGAGAAGAAGUUCGUCUGCCCCGAAUGCUCCAAGCGCUUCAUGCGGAGCGACCACCUGGCGAAGCACAUUAAAACCCAUCAGAACAAAAAAGGCGUGAACUCUGGCAGCGCUGUGGUGGCCUCGAUGGAAUCCGCGGGGUCCUCAGACAGUAUCAUCACCACGGCGGGCGGGACCACCCUCAUCCUCACCAACAUCCAGCAGGGCUCCAGCAACGCCCAGGACAUCCUGGCCAACGCAGAGAUCCCCCUGCAGCUCGUCACCACGGUAGCGGCCAGCGAAGUCAUGGAGUGAUUCCCCGCUCCGCUCACGAACUUCCGCAAACCUCUCUCAUACUGUAUACUCCUACCUGCAUUUUUAUUCAAGUUUUUUGAAGGAAAAAAUUAUAAAUAUCUAUAAAUAUAUAUAUUUUAACACAGAAAUAGUCCAUUCUCAGUUUUUACUGGGGAAAAACAACACAAGUGGGGGCAUAAAGGAAAAGAGUGGUUAAAGACAUUGCAGUAAACACACAAGGAAAUGCCUUAUUUUGUACAAUAUUGUGUAGUUGGAAAUUCCACUUUCUUUUAAAUCUACUUAUUUGUUAAAUAUGUGUUUCACAUAAAGAAGUAUUGGUAUGUUCUUUUCCUGAUGCUAUAUUUUGAUGCUGUCCUUAUUUAGCAGGAUUUGUCCCAUACUCCUUUGAGCAAAGGCUAAAUCUCACAGCAGAACUGAUUUCAUCCAGCUGAGGUAAAAUUACAGCUUAUGUCCAUGCAAAUUUUUCCACAUUAUUUUUUUUUUUUUUAAAUCUUUAUCUAUUAUGCAUUUUCGUGUCCUUGCAGUCUGCUUGCAAAGCCCACCGUCGUUUUAUUUUUCCAAAUUUGCCCCCACCUCAGACAUUUUGCAGGUGAAAAAUGAAAAACAAUCAAAAUUUUGUAUUUGAAUUCCUCUUGAACAUAAACUGUUGAUACACAUUAUUUGCUUAUGAAAUAUUUUGACUGAACAGCUAUUUAUAUAUUGGGCUUUACAUAGAUAAUGCAUUUGUGAUAUUAAAGGUCUAGAGUAUUUCAAGCGGCUCCACUAACUGUAAAUCAGACAGGUUUAAUUUUUUGUCAAACGUUUUUGGAGGAGGAGGAGGAGGAGGAUGACGUGUUGUAAUAUAAAGAGAAACAAGCCAUUUUUUUUUUGGAGGUAAUUGCCAAAUUUGACAACAAACUCAGGGUGACUUGUGACUGUGCGAUGAAGGUAGAGUAAAUCACCCCUGUAGCUUCUCGGGCCACGCUGGGAUAUUGUGAAGAAAUGUUACCAGUGCUCAUUGAAUCCUACUAUGUUGUGAAAAGAGCUUCGCAGAUUUUCAGUCCUUUACAAUCUGUGUAUUACUGUAAGCGGUACUUUUAUUAUUAUUAUUAUUAUUAUUAUUGUUUUUUAACAGCACUGUUCUCAUCACUUUAAAAUCAUCAUUCAUCCUUUUUGUAUAAGAAAUGUUUGUGUACUUCCCGAGAAACCGUCGGUUUCCCCCACUGUCUGUAAAUGUAUCGGCCCCUUUGUUGUUUUUGCCUUUCGCUGUUUGUUACACUAUCUCCUUCCUUCUGGUGUUUUUAUCUGAUUUCUGCCCCCAAAUGUUUGAAUUCAAUACACAUGCGCACUGAACGGUAAAUUUAUUGGUGGCAUAUUUGUUUUUUCGUUUUUCUUUUUUUUUUCUUUUAAGACAAUGAAAGCUAUGUAACAUGAUCCUCCCUCGGCCACUUACUUUCUUACAGGAUAUUUAACUUAGAGCAGGAUGCUUUUCUUAGCCUGUACUAAACACUGAAGGUUUAUCCUCACUCCAAUCCUCUGUAUAAAUAUGUCAAUAUCGAUAUAAAUCUUUAUGUUACACUUGAAUGUUAUUUCAUUUAGCUUUAUUUUAAUGUAUCCUUGUUGUACCAUGUCUGCUCUGUGAGAGCGGUUUCAUACUAAAAUGACUAAACGUGACACAAAUUUCUCAUCGUA